AUGACCAGCACAGCUAUCGGCAACAAAAUCAUGCGCAAAGUGAUUUCGUACAAUGCAACUACAUUCGACGUAGAUAUCCUAGAGGAGGAAAAUAUGAAGAUCACCAACAUAACUUUCGUGAGAUCAUGUCAAAAUAAUCUCGUUAUUACUCUACAGUGUUUGAAAGAAAUUUGUGGCACAAGAUUGCUGAAUUCCUCAAGGUUUCAAAAUAAUUACAUUGUCCAUGGCAAGAAGGUUGAGAGGGGCGAAUUUCCGUGGUAUGCCAGAUUAACAUGUGAAACAAUAUUGUGUGGUGCAAGCAUCAUCAAGCAACAAUGGUUGGUCACUGCUGGUCAUUGCAUAGUUCAACUAGAUGGACCAAAGAAUAAAUUUAUUGUUAGAUUUAGUCCUAGUCAGUGUAGCGUAUCAGUGGGAGCCGUUUUCAAAAACGAUAGAAACUGGAACAUAUACAGAAUAGAAAAAUUUAUUGUUCAUGAUAAGUACAGUAACAAAGGAAACGACAUUGCUUUGAUAAAGUUGAACCGAAAAUUGACAUUCUCAGCUUUCGUGCGACCAGUCUGCUUGCCGAGACAAAAAUACACUGUAUCAGAUUUUCCUAUUUGUGUGGCCAUAGGUCUCGGGAAAACUAUCCGAGGUUUUCUUGAUGUUUAG